AUGUCUGCUCCUUCAAACAAGACGACUAGCUGGUGGUCCGACACAAAACAUGUUUUCCAUACGUGCACCAAAGGAUAUGAGGCAAAAAUGAUCAAUGUAGUUGGGUAUUCUAUUCUCCAAGUUUUACUUGACUUGACAGUGCUUCAGCUGAUGCUCCGCUUCUCGAUAACGUCGUACCGAUUGGAUUCAAAAGAUCUCAAUUCUAUCAACUUGGACCAAGAAAUCGAGCCAACUGCUGAUAACAUCAAACUUGUUGCGCUUUUCUUCUUAACAACAAUCACCGGAGCAGUUAUCGCAGUGUACCGUCAUGCUUUUGGAGCAGCUCUUUUAGUUCUCACACAAGUUGUCAUGUGCUUUGGAGUUUUCAACUUGUUCUCAAAACCAAUGAUUAUAGUCACUCUGGAGAAGUUCGGCUCGGAAGAGAAUUUCCUCGAAUCACAGUUUUUACUAGGAUUUUACAACUGCCUGGUCACUUUUGCUUGUUGUUUGGUGUACUUUUUGCCAACGGUUCUUGGAAUUUGGUUCAUGUACUGCACGGUGAUAGUUAUGCUAGUUUUUAUGGGAUUCAAAAUCUACGAGGAGCAGGAUGCAAAUAUUGUGACGUCAUCUCAAGCAAAUGUUUCUACAUCUUCCUCGGAUAGAAGUACACCUGCCGAAACCGAUUAUUUCAGUGAUAAUAGUUCGAUAUGA